CAGAAGACGGAGAAGACCUAAUGGACGUUCGUAUGACCGUGUCCGUCGCUCCGUCUCCGUCCGACGACGGGUGCGGUGCACCUCGUUGGCGGCUGCAGCAGCUGGUGCUCCUCAAGACCUGGAGAGCGGAAAAAUUCCUUCUUUUGCCUCCUCGUGAGGCCCGAACAGCUCUGCUCAAAUUUCAGCGGAGUCGUGAGAUUUCAAUCGAUGAGCCUCGUGUUUUCACGAGCCUUGAUCGUCGCACUUCUGAAGGAAGUGGUUUAGGAAGUGUACCACAUUGCCAUUCGCUGGAAAUCUCGAAUCCUGACAGCGGAGACUGCGGAUUCUAGACGCAGUAGGGUUCGUGAAUUUUGGGGAAUUUUCAAAUUAUGGGCAGAGAACAGCAAUCAGCAGGAAGCAUGGAGCUGGAGAAGAAGAAGAAGAGGAAGAAGAAGAGCGUAGAGGAUGAUGUCGUAGCCGCGGAUGUUGAGGAAACUGUAGACGAAGGUAGCAAAAAACAGAAGGUGGAUGCUACAAACGGUGCAGGGGAAGCUGCGGUAACUGGAGAUAAGAAGAAGAAAAAGAAGAAAGAAAAGAAACAGGGAUCCGGCGACGAGAGUGCCGAAGAGGUGACCAAAGAUAGUGACAAUGGGGCUACGAAGGUUGAGAAUGGCGAGGGCAAGAAGAAAAAGUCGAAGAAGGACAAGUCUGGUGGAGAUGACGACGCCAAUGCGAAAUCAAAAAGUUCCCAGGUGGCAGAGAAGGUCGAGUUGUUUGUGGGAGUUUCGGGAGUCGGCAGUGACGAUCCCAAAUUUAAGCCAUUUACCUCCUUUGACAUUCCUGGCGUGCCUGAGAAUGUCUUAGCUUGCUGCAAAACCUUUCAAAAACCUUCACCUAUUCAAGCCAAUUCCUGGCCUUUCCUUUUAGCCGGUCGGGACUUAAUUGGGAUCGCCGCUACUGGUUCUGGAAAGACGUUGGCUUUCGGAGUUCCUGGAAUGUCGCAUGUGUUGAAGAAAAAGGCGAAGUCAAAGUCAACAACACCUUUGGCACUUGUUAUGGCUCCCACUCGUGAGCUCACUCAACAGAUUGCUGAGGUCUUGGAAGAGGCUGGCAGCUCAUGUGGGGUGAAGAUUGCAUGCAUCUAUGGUGGAACUCCCAAGGGACCUCAAAAAGCUGCUCUUCGAGCCGGUGCGACUGUUAUCGUUGCAACCCCGGGACGUCUUCAAGACCUUAUGGAAGAAGGUGUUUGCUCUUUGGAACAAGUCUCCUUUGUGGUUUUGGACGAAGCGGACCGCAUGCUUGAUCUGGGAUUUGAACCUGCUAUCCGCGCCAUCAUCAGCAAAACAAAUAAAGUUCGUCAGACAUUGAUGUUUAGUGCAACAUGGCCGACCUCGGUGGACCAGCUGGCUAAGGAGUUCAUGCAAGAGAAUCCCAUCAAGGUAACAGUCGGAUCUCAGGAUUUGGCAGCAAAUCACGAUGUGAUGCAGAUAGUCGAGGUUCUGGAGGACAGAGCAAGAUUUCAACGUCUUGAUGCUCUCCUAGCAAAGUAUCAUAAGUCUCGAACAAAUCGCGUCAUCGUGUUCGUUCUGUACAAGAAGGAAGCUGCCCGGGUUGAGCAGCAGUUGCAAUCACGAGGAUGGAAGGUGGCUGCCGUUCAUGGAGAUAAAGGACAAAAUGAUCGUACACGUGCUGUGCAAUCGUUCCGGGAUGGAUCUUGUCCUCUUCUUGUAGCGACAGACGUGGCUGCCCGUGGUUUGGAUAUUCCGGAUGUUGAGUUCGUAAUCAACUUCAGCUUCCCUUUGACUGUUGAGGAUUACGUGCACAGAAUCGGACGAACUGGAAGGGCUGGGAAGAAGGGAGUCGCACAUACUUUUUUCACUCAAGCUGAUAAGCUACGAGCUGGAGAGCUUGUGAAUGUACUUAGAGAAGCUGGGCAAAUUGUACCCGAUGAACUUUUGAAGUUCGGCACCCACGUGAAGAAGAAGGAAUCAAAGUUGUAUGGAGCCCACUUUAAGGAAAUCGACACAAAUGCCCCAAAGGCGAAAAAAAUUACCUUCGAUGACUCAGAUGAUGAAUAGAUUAGAUGUGCUCUCGAGUCGAGGUUCUCGGUCGCUGUAUUUAGUCAGUGCAAUUGUUUUUAGCGAGAUCUGUUAACCCCUCGCAACAGAUCCUAGCUCGACCCAGGGGAUCCUUGCCUACGAUCUUUUAUUCAACUGUAGAGCGAGGGUGAACUUUGGCUGGCUAGACAUCAUCUGCUUUAGUGCGAUCGAGACAGUUGAGGUUGCUGGCAGGUGGAAUGGGGAUUAUUCCAGCAUGUCCUCUACCUGACGCACUUCUCAAAAUGCCUUCUUUCCAAGUGGGGGAAAUCUUUUAGCCUGUCCAUUGCUAGCUGAGUUUCAUAUAAAUUAACCCCCGAAGUUUUGCCAUUUGCCAGAUUCAGCUGCUAGCUGUCAUUCAUGUCAUCCGUGGCUGGUGUUGUAGCUCAAUAUGACGUAAAAUUGUACACUUAACCAAAGAUCCUGAUCGAGCGAGAUCAGGAUACUUAAUGAGAGAAAUAUAUAUGCGAAGAUUUGAGGCUUUCCUGCCU